AUGAUGAUGGAUGCCACCCCCCUCUCGCCCCCAGCUCUUCUCCAUGGCUGUCUGUCUGUCUGUCUGUCUGUCUGCGCGCCCUAAAUAACCCAGCAGACUCGAGCCCAUUUCACCAUCUCGGCACCAAAUUGCAAACUAAAACUUGCGCACAACAAGUAAUAUUUUGCCCGAGCUGUCCCAACCGCUACCUUUGCAAUCCGUGGUCGGUGUCUCGAGAUAGCACACCGUUUGUGCAAAUAUAUAUGUCAAAUGGACGCAUCCCCAGGAGGCGUCGUCAUUUUUGUUUUUCUCUGGGCAACAAACUACACGCACGCAAGAAACCACGACGCACUGCCGUGCUGCACACACUGCUGCUGCUACUGGCAAGACACGCACUACACAGAGACAGGGAACAUGGACAAGGGGGGCGGGACACACACACAUACUGCUGUUGGCGACGGCGGAGGAAGCGGGGAACGUUUGGUUGGUCUGGGGUUCAUCGCUGGUGAUGUUGAUGUUGUUGUUUCCAUUGUUUGGUUGUUGUUGUUCAACAACGCUGCCGGCCUUUCUUUCGCCUUUUUUUCUAUGAAGAGAGAGGGAGUCCCACCAACCAGCGUGUGUUGCACACACCACACAGCGAGAGCGGGACGGGAGCAGGGUGUGCCCUAUACUACUGCUGCUGCUAGCUUUCGGCGGAGGAAGCGAGAGGAGAGAUAUUGAUUGGGUCUCUGUGGGUCCAUCGGUUGGUUGUUGUUAUUGUGUUGCGACGCGGCGGGAGGGAGCGGCCUCUGACUCUGCUCUGGAGAGAGGCACACAUACAUCACAGCACGGGACCAGUAACACAUCACGCUCGUUCCUAGACGAUGUAGUACCACUGCUGUGCUGUGCACCUCUCUACACUCAUUGUGGGCGAGAGGGUGUGUCGCCUCUGCUGCUGCUGCUGUUGCUGUUAUCUAAAGCGGUGGCGGAAGCGUCCUGUUCAAACAAUCAGCGGCAGCAGCAGCACAAGCCGGGUAAUUUUUCAACGUUUUUUUUUCUUCUUUAGCUGAGGCCCAUGUUUAUGGUCACCAAAUCUUUGAAAAAUAUCUAAAUUUUCAAACAUUACUAUUUGCGGAUAAAGAUUUUGUUUCACUUUUUACGGGAGAAAAUCUUCGGCAAAAUAUUCUCAAGAUUUUGAAAUGGGGCAAAAGUCGCUCGGUUGACAAAAUGUUUGACAAACAUUUUGAAAUGGGGCAGGUCGCGAAAUUGUUCGGGCGGCGGAAAAGGCAAGUAGCGCCGCGUUUUCGGCACAUACGCCGCCAACGCACACAAACACCCCCAACAACACAAGAACACACGAACACAUCUACACACACACUCACGAGAAGGCCGCGCCGACGAGAAGGCCACGCCCAACAUGGAUGAGGAGUCCAUAAUGGCCGGGGCUGCUGCCGCAGCAUCGAGUUGCAGAACAUUAUGCACACGUUCGACUCCGAUGGUGAGCAUGAUGUCCAAGAACCGGGUGGUUUGUUCGGCGAUCUGUGGGUGGAGGAGGAGGAGGAGG